UUUUAUAAUUAACAACAAAGGUCGAUAAGUAGAUCCAAGUGCUACUGAACAUAAGUAUAAUAAUGGUUAAAGCGUCAACAACUCUACCACGGUAUUAUAAGUCGUCUAAUGACUAUUACAUUAAAAGGGCGAUUCAAACAUCAUCUGUUUUGCGUAAUGUCUUGUUUUGUAUCAAUAAGAUCAAUGCAAGGUAUUUGUCAAAGAAUGAUCUGUGUAGCAUUAUUCUAAAAAGCGAUAUACCGGAUUUUAUAAAGAAAGCUAUCGAAUCCUUAAGUAAGACUAAAUAGCAACUUUAUUUGUUAUUUACUUAAUUCUGAAUUAUUUUGUUAAAGUUAAAGGUUAUUUUUAAAUAAGAACAUAUUUAUAUAUAUCUAGUUUGUAUUACCGAUAAGUGAAGUGCUCAAAAUGUUUUUAUGUGAAUUUUGCGGCUUAUCGUUCGAAAAACUAGGGAAACUGCUGAGACACUGUCGAUUAAUAGGUACAUUGCGCUCGUAACCUUCCUUUAAUGUCUAUAAAAGGAAAACAGCUUCAACCCUCUACCAAUGUUGAACUGAGUUAUUUAGUUUUAAGAAAACGUAAACCUUUGAAAGCAGCAUCGACUUCAAACAGGGUUUCGAAGAUAUGUGAAGUAUGUUUAGUAAACGUUCCUUUAAAUGUUUAGAUUCCACACCUCAGAACCAUAUCGCUGGCAACACGAAGAAGGCUUUAAGGUUGUAAGAAGCAAUUUCAAGCAACGAAUUGAAACCCUUCUGUUUGAAAACAAAUGGGACGAAUGUUUGUUGCCUUCUCAGUUUUUAAAAGAAGUAGAACUGAGGGCUAUUCCCGAACUAAAACGUCAACUAACUAAACAUUCAGUUUUCAAGUUUAAUAUGGAGUUAUUAGGUCAGUACGCUAAAUUACUCGAGGAUCAGGUAACGAUGCCAGUUAAAUCAUUUCAAACUAAAAUGUGUACGGUAAUUAGUGAAAAGGACUUAUAAUCAAUUUUUAACGAUAUGAAACAGCAGAUAAUAACGAAAACUGAUGAAUUUCAAGAGAGGGAUAGUGGUUGGACAUUAGUGAAAAUACUUUGAAUGAAUAUAAACCAUUAAAAGGAUCGAGCUACAUUCCUUUGCCUGUCAAUGUACAAAGAAAACAUGCUUGUGUGGGAACACUCGGUAUAGCAAGAAAACAUUUAUUGUUGUGAAUCAAUUAAGCCUCUACAUUUGUGCUGACUUA